ACAUCGACUUGGGACCAACACAAUCUCGUCCUCUCGUUCCUUCUCCAACAACUCUCAUCCCCCCCACCACACCACACUCUCUCAACCUCAAAAGCACAUCGUCAGGAUGGCCUCCCGAACCAACCUCACCCGACUAGCCUCGGCUCUCCCCCGCCGAUCCCUCUCGACUACCACCCCCGUCUCCCUCUCUUCCUCAUCGCCGCUCUCAAAGCUCACCGGGAGGAACGCCCUCCUUACCACACCGGUCGCCAAGGUACCCCGAACCGCUAGCAAAUGGGGGCUCGUAGAGGGUGGAAGGAGGUUGGCUAGCGGAGAGGCUAGCGGGGAGGGGUCGACCAUGACCGUGCGAGACGCCCUAAACUCCGCCAUGGCCGAAGAGAUGGACCGGGACAAGACCGUCUUUGUCAUCGGAGAAGAGGUGGCCAGGUACAACGGAGCUUACAAGGUCACCAAGGGGUUGUUGGAUCGAUUCGGGGAGGACAGGGUUAUCGAUACCCCUAUCACCGAGUCCGGUUUCACCGGUCUUGCUGUCGGAGCCGCUUUGGCUGGGUUGAAGCCUGUUUGCGAGUUUAUGACCUGGAACUUUGCCAUGCAGGCCAUUGACCAGAUCAUCAACUCUGGUGGAAAGACCUACUACAUGUCGGGAGGAAACGUCCCCUGCCCCGUCGUCUUCCGAGGUCCCAACGGAGCUGCCGCCGGUGUCGGUGCUCAGCAUUCGCAGGACUUUGCCGCUUGGUACGGAAGCAUUCCCGGACUCAAGGUCAUCAGCCCCUGGAGCGCUGCCGAUUGCCGAGGACUUCUCAAGGCCGCCAUCAGGGACCCCAACCCGGUCUGUUUCUUGGAGAACGAGUUGCUCUACGGUGUCUCGUUCCCUAUGACCCAGGAGGAGUUGGGAGAGGACUUUUUGUUGCCCAUCGGCAAGGCCAAGGUCGAGAAGGAGGGAACCGACUUGACCAUCGUCGCUCAUUCCAAGAUGGUCACCCACUCGCUCGAGGCUGCCGAGAUCCUCGAGAAGGAGGACGGCAUCAAGGUCGAGGUCAUCAACUUGAGGUCGAUCAGGCCUCUUGACAUCGAGACUAUCAUGACCUCGGUCAAGAAGACCAACCACCUCGUCACCUGCGAGGGUGGAUUCCCUGCUUUCGGAGUCGGAUCCGAGAUCAUCGCUCAGGUCUGUGAAUCAUCGGCAUUCGACUACCUCGACGCUCCCCCUGAGCGAAUCACCGGUGCCGAUGUGCCCACUCCCUACGCCGAGAGUCUUGAAGGUCUGGCUUUCCCCGACACUCCUCUGAUCGUCAAGACCCUCAAGCGUCACCUUUACAGGCAGUAGAUCCGCAUGACGGUCUAGCUCACGUCUCGCUCUUUGCUCUCUUUGGUACCUUCGCAAAAACGGGCUCAUAGAGGAAAGAGUUGUUCCGGGCGAGGUGAUGAGCGUGAUGUCAAGUUUAGCGGUAGAUAGUUUGGGGUUCUAUUUUGUCCGGGUUUGAGGCGUGUACUUUGAUGGGAUUUCAUUUCGUCUUCAA